UCGGGGGUACAUGCAGUUUCUACUCUCAUGUAAUGAAGUUAACGAUUCAUCAUCACAUCUUGUGUUAACCUGUGUGUUGAGGCACUGUUGCAUUUUCUCUGCACUUUUUCUAAACUUCGGUCAGUGUUUUUUCAGAACGAUGAACUUUGACGACGUGUUGAGGCAACUGGGGGAGUUUGGGACGUACCAGAAAUGGCUGUAUGUACUUCUGUGUCUUCCAGCAAUAGCGGGGUCUAUUCAGGUUAUACAGGCAGUCGUGUUUUUGUUUGCGGUUCCUGAACAUAGAUGCGCCAUUCCAGGAUUUGCCAAUGACACCUACGAAAUUCAGAAUAACUUCCACGAACAACUCGUAAACCGCUCCAUUCCUAUGACAUCUGGUUACUAUGGUGAUGACAAGUAUUCCCGCUGCCAACUGUAUCUACAAACCAAUACCUCCGAUGUCUGGUCGUCUACAAGAAAUGUCACAGGACCCUGUCAUGCUUGGGUGUACGAUCAAUCACAGUUCAUAUCAACGAUUUCAGAGACGAUGGAUUUUGUCUGCGAGAAAAAGUCCUACGCGAGUCAUGCCAAGAUGCUCGGUAUGUUUGGACAUUUGGUUGGAGCUCUGAUUAAUGGUCCAAUGUCAGACAUGUUUGGAAGAAGGCCAGUUAUAAUCUGCAACAUGUUCAUCAUGGUGUUGCUCAGCAUCUGUCUGGUGUGGUCCAGCUCAGCCCCUGUGGUCCUCUUCCUUGAUUUCGUCAUCCACACCUGCACUCUUGGCCAAUAUCUCGUGUGCUUCGUUUUUGGCAUGGAGAUAGUCGGUCCCUCUAAGCGUAUGUGGGCAGGUGUUGCUAUGAACCUCUUCUGGAGUGCGGGAAACAUGGUCACAGCUCUAACGGCCUAUCUCUUCAGGGACUGGAAGACUCGACAGCUGAUUGUCAGUGUCCCUGCGGUUGUCUUUGCUUACCUGUAUUUUAUCCCAGAGUCCCCAAGAUGGCUUCUCAAACAUGGAAAGAUGGAAGAGGCUAAAAGGAUAGUAGCAAAUAUUGCGAAGAAAAACAAAGUGAAAAUAGAUCCAAAUAUUCUUGAUGAGGUCGAUAUUAAAAAGGAAGAGGUAAAGCAAGAACCAUUCUGGAAUCUUUUGAAGUCUUCAGUGAUGAUGCGUCGAAUGAUUAUCAUCUGCUAUAAUUGGUUUGCAGUUGGAAUGGCUUUCUACGGCCUCAGCAUGAACGUGUCCAACCUCUCUGGUAGCAUCUACCUCAACUUCUUCUUGUUCAUCACAGUAGAGGCUGUUGCAUACAUUUCUUGUUUUGUCGUAAUGGAUCGUAUUGGCCGCAAGUUGCUGCUAUGUAUAUCGCUGUCGCUAACAGGAGCAGCAUGCAUUCUUCCUUUGGUUCCAGUACUAGUUUCAGAUACGCCUGAGAAGUGGGCCAUCAACAUCCUCGCCAUUGUAGGAAACACGUGUGCCUCUGCUGCCAUGUGUGCCGUCUACACCUUCACAGCUGAACUCAUGCCAACGACAUCAAGGACAUUUGGCAUGUCAAUGAGUUCCAUUUGCUGUAGAGUUGGAAGUCUACUUUCGCCCUAUAUUGUUGACUUGACCAUGUACAUAUCAGGACGUUUCGGACAAAUUCUUCCCAUGCUGAUAUUCGGGGGAAUCACCAUCUUGGCGGCCUUUCUGACUCUGCUUCUCCCGGAAACGCUGAACAAGAAGCUACCGGAAACCAUCAAGGAAGCUGAGAUGCUCGGGACGAAUGCGUACGACGAAGACGUUACAGAUGCAUCGCCUGUUGAGCUGAUUCCACUUGAACCUGAGUCAGGGGAAAGAGCGGGCGAAACUGAAAAUAAUAACGACACAAGAGAAAAAGAUGCAAUUUUCUAAAGAGUGAGUGAGUGAGUUGGGUUUAACGCCGCUUUUAACAGUAUUCCAGUUAUAUCACGGCUUGUCAGCUUAUUGUGGGAGGAAAGCCCGAAGU